UUGACAUGUCUAUUGCGUUUGCUGAGAUUGAUGCGAUGGGAGCAGGUCGCGUGUGAUAGGCCCCCCACCCAUGAAGCAGAUGCAGCUCGUCUCAGCCUGAGGUGGACCAGGACCACGUAACCGUCGCACCAUGGCCGCCUCCAGUUUCCGGGUCAGCUGGAACCGGUUUCCAUCGCACAUGCUCUCAGCCCUGGACAACCUUCGGCUGGACGAAGAUUUCGUGGACGUCUCCAUCUACUGCGGCCGCAGGCUCAUUAAGGCGCACCGCAACGUCCUGUCAGCCAGCAGCGCCUACUUUAAGGAGAUAUUCAAGUCGAACCCCAGCUCGCACCCGGUGGUGAUCUUGUGCGAGGUGGACUACAUGAGCAUGCGCACGCUGGUCGACUUCAUGUACCACGGCGAGAUCGAGGUGCCGCCGGCCAUGCUGGACGAGCUGCUGCGACUGGGCGAGAUGCUCCAGGUGCAGGGCAUCAGCUCCUACAAGGGCGUCACGUCGGACGAGCUGUUGGGCGGCGCGGCACCGCCGGACGCCGAGCCGCCUGACACCGAGCCUCCGGACGCCGAGCCGCCGCUGGCGCCCGAAUGA